ACACUAGUAGUUGGUAGGCGUGAAACUAACAUGGUGAAUUGAAAACGCAUAUGAAUGUUAGUUUGACUGCUCAGAAAAAGAGAUAUUUCUACUUACUCAAAAUGAAGGAAAUAAAUUAAUACGGGAAUUAAUAAAUACGCCAUAUGUAAGUUUUAUAUUUAACGUAUAUUGUGAAAAUAUGGCAGAAUCUGUUGGACCAAUACUUCACGUGAUUGUAGUUGGAUUUCAUCACAAAAAAGGAUGUCAAGUAGAAUAUUCAUUUCCUCCCUUGGUACCUGGGGCUCCAAACGAAUGUCCACCAGGCUGGAAAUAUUUGCCAACUCUUGCUUUACCAGAUGGAUCUCACAAUUAUGAUGAAGAUACAGUUUACUUCCAUUUACCUAGUCUAAAUGAUGCAAAACGUACAAUAUAUGGUAUUUCAUGUUUUAGACAAAUCCCUGUUGAGAAAUUAAAAAACCGUACAUCCGACAUAACAAGGGGAACUGUACAAAAAUCUGUCUGUGUAUUAAGUACUUUACCAUUGUAUGGCCACAUUCAAGUCAAAAUGGCUUUAAUAACGCAUGCAUACUUCGAUGAAGGUGAUUUUAGUAAAGUAUCGUUAUUGGAAGAUACUUAUCAUCAUCUUAAUUCUUGUAUGAGUAGUGAGAGUCAAAUACCACCGCAGCUCUUUGUCGGAUUAUCUGCAAGAGACUUUAUUCUGCAAUUUCGGCAUAAAGUUCUUUUGUUGUUUAAACUACUUUUAUUAGAAAAAAAAAUAGUUUUCUAUCAAUCACCGGUGCAACCAUUAUGUGCGGCAAUAUUAACAUUACUUUCGUUAUAUCCGGGUAUGAUUGAACAUGGCUUGCAACAAGCUGCUUAUGUUAGACCAUCUAGACCAAUGUCUCCUAUUCCAUCAUUUGAUGAAGAAGAAAUAUCAAUAAAUAAUAUUGAUAAUAAUGUAUCUUCUAUAAAUUCUGUUAAAGAUAACAUAUCAGAUACAUUGAAAGAGCAUGUUAAUGGUAAUUCUAAUAAAAAUUCAUUGUGUAUAAAUGAUAAUAAGCCUGUUGAAACCAUCGAGGACAAAUUCGAGGAUGGAUUUAGAGACAUGACCUUACAAAAAAAUAACAAUGAAAAUGAAAAUUUAAAUAUGAAAGUUAUCGAAGUCGAACCCGUGCAAGAAUGUACAGAGUCAUAUACAGAAGAAAAUAAUUCUUUAUAUUCUGGGAAACCAAAUGAAUAUGUACACAGAGUACAAAGUGUAACAACAAUCACAUUAGGCACAACAGAUACAGACAAUACAUUACCGCGUGAUACAAGUAAUGACGCACUUUCAGAUGCACGUUUAACAAACAAUAUUACUCAAAUUGCUCAUAUAAAUCCAGAACUUUGUGGCUUACCUUUAAAUCUGUUUAUGAAGGGUUACCUAUGUUUACCAUAUCUGUCCUUACCAUAUUUGGAUCUCUUGGCAGAUAUUAAUGUUAGAGGAUACAUAGUGGGAGUAACAAAUAUUUUAUUCAAACAAAAAAAACAACUUAUUGAUGUAUUGGUAGAGGUUGACAAUACACGAAUAGAAACAACUGAUCCAGAAUUGAGAAGGCAAUUACAUCUCACAACAGAGGAUCUAAGAUUUGCUGAUUACAUAGUUAGACAUGUAUCAGAACCUCGUAAAGAUAUUUUCUUGGAUGGUGUGGGAUGGGAAGGUGGCGAUGAAUGGAUUAGAACUCAAUUUCGAGUCUAUUUAUUGAGUAUGUUGCGAACAUCUAUGCAACAAGAUAGUCGUCAGUCUGAUCACUAUAACUCCGCAUUUAUUGCUGCUUGGCGUUUGACAAAUAACUAUAAAAUGUGGAGUAAUUCUAACAAACCAGAAAUCAAUAAUAUAGAACCUGGUCAUCCAUUUGCAGGACAGUUAUCGGUGCAAGAUAUGAAAUUACGAUUAUCACAUACAAUGCAAAAUACAGAAAGUGGUAGAAAGUUAAAUCAAGCAAUGGCAUCAACCGGAAGAGCAGUUGCAACAACAGGGAAAGCCGUAGGUGGCGCGAUUUCGCAAGCUAAAGGAGCUUUUUCUAAUUGGUGGAGUACAUUGACUACGGUACAACCACCAGAGGAAGGAAAACCUGAUAAUCAAACUCCAAACAUACAUCAAACAUUUUCAACUAUAACUGACAACACUGCUAUAAAAGACGAAGAAAUAAAUGUAUCUACUAAUAACACAAAUCUAGGAGUUGUUGUAGAGUAAUGUAGAAAACAGCAAAAAUUUUAAUCAUUUAUUACAGUGGCUAUAAGAAACUUUUUUAAGACCAUAUAUAAAACAGUGAUCCUAUGCCUACCGUAAUAAUAAAUAGAUAUGGUAGAGUAAAAAUAAUUUAUUCGUAUUAUGUAAGAUGCUGAUGUAUAAAAUAAGGUGGUUAAAUAUAACCAGAAACGUUCAGGUAAGAAAACAUUAGUUGCAAAAUGAACAGUAUACAUAAAAUAGAGCUUGAACAAUGUAUUAAUGUGAUA